AUGGGAGAGUGGACCAUCCUAGAGCGCCUCCUGGAGGCUGCAGUGCAGCAGCACUCGACUAUGAUCGGAAGGAUCCUCCUGACAGUGGUGGUGAUCUUCCGUAUCCUCAUCGUGGCCAUCGUUGGUGAGACGGUGUACGAGGACGAGCAGACCAUGUUCAUCUGCAACACUCUCCAGCCCGGCUGCAACCAGGCCUGCUACGACAAAGCCUUCCCUAUUUCCCACAUUCGUUACUGGGUCUUCCAGAUCAUACUGGUGUGCACGCCCAGCCUCUGCUUCAUCACCUACUCCGUCCAUCAGUCGGCCAAGCAGAAAGACCGGCGCUAUUCCUUUCUCUAUCCCAUCAUGGAAAGGGACUACGGGGGAAGGGACGGGGCGCGAAAGCUUCGCAACAUUAAUGGAAUUCUAGUUCAGCAUGGCGGCGAUGGCGGAGGAGGGAAGGAAGAACCUGACUGCAUGGAGGUGAAGGAGAUUCCCAAUGUCCCGCGGGGCCUGACCCAUGGGAAGAGCUCCAAGGUUCGCCGAGAGGGGAUCUCCCGCUUUUACAUCAUUCAGGUGGUGUUCAGAAACGCGCUAGAGAUCGGCUUCUUGGCGGGCCAGUAUUUCCUCUAUGGCUUCAGCGUGCCAGGGAUUUUCGAGUGCGACCGCUAUCCAUGUCUCAAGGAGGUGGAGUGCUAUGUGUCCCGGCCCACGGAGAAAACUGUUUUCCUGGUGUUCAUGUUUGCGGUGAGUGGCAUCUGCGUGGUGCUCAACCUGGCUGAGCUCAACCAUCUGGGCUGGCGCAAGAUCAAGGCGGCCAUCAGGGGCGUCCAGGCCCGUAGGAAGUCUAUCUGCGAAAUCAGGAAGAAGGACAUGGCCCAUUUGUCCCAGCCACCCAACCUGGGUCGCACACAGUCCAGCGAAUCAGCCUACGUGUGA